AGGGAAAUCCUUCCAGAUGCAAGAAGAUUUGCAAAGAUUUUAUUACGUGACGUUUUAGAGAAUUAGACAAAAAGACAACAAAUGUGAAGCAUCUUGGAAAUCAGAGAGAAUGGAUCAAGGUGGAGGGGUUUUGGAGCUUCACUCCCAGGAUCUGAAAAUGCCCCAUACAAUGAUAAUGCAGGACUUCGUGGCAGGGAUGGGAGGCAUGGCUCACAUAGACGGCGACCAUAUCGUGGUGUCCGUGCCGGAGACGGUCCUGGUCUCGGACGUGGUGACUGAUGAAGGUAUCAUGCUGGAACAUGGCCUGGAGGCAGAGGUGGUGGAGGGUCCAGACAUCGGGCACGAGGAUGUGGUCACCACUGAGGGAGUAAUCAUGCCCGAGUCCAUCCUGGGAGCAGAGGUGGCCAUAGAGGAGGCCCUGGAUUCAGACCACCACGUGCUGACGGGCGACCUGAUGGAGGAGUCGGUCCCCGACCAGGUCUUUGUCGCCGGCCUGAUGUCUCCCCAUGAGAACAGCCCUCUGGACCAUGAGCUGGUGUCUGAGGAGGUUAUGGUCGCCGACACGGAGACGGUCAUCCACGAGGGCCUGCCUGCCUCCACCAUCCCCAUAAAGACGGACGACGAUGAGGAGGGGAAGAGCGCCUCGGAGGACUACCUCAUGAUCUCCUUGGACGAUGUCGGGGAGAAAUUGGAUAUUGGUGACACGCCCUUGAAGAUCAGCACAGAGGUCGCUCAGGAUGACGACGGCUCCAAGGAGGAUGGCUUUGGCUCGGAGGUCAUCAAGGUCUACAUCUUCAAGGCCGAGGGGGAUGAAGAUGUCGAAAUAGGUGGCACAGAGGUGGUGGCGGAGAGCGAUUUCCACAACGGCCAUGCAGUCCUGGAGCCAGCGAGCGUGGGCAGGCUGCCCAGGGAGAAGAUGGUUUAUAUGGCCGUGAAAGACGCUGGUCAGGGAGAUGAGGAGAUCAACUGUGCGGAGAUGGCUGAUCAGGUGUAUAUGGAGGUGAUUGUUGGUGAAGAGGAGGCACCUGCGAUCCAGGAGGCGCAGUUGGAAGAUUCCACAUCCAAUAAGACUUUUGUUCCAGUUGCUUGGGCCGCCGCUUAUGGCAACAGUUUGGAUUCUCGGUUGGAGAACAAGAACGGUGCGGCCACGCCCUACCUGCAGAUCAGCGACAGCAUCAACACCAGUCGUGUCCUGAAGCAGAAGGUGAAGAAGAAGAAGAAAGGAGAGACUCGUCAAUGCCAGACUGCUGUGAUCAUUGGUCCCGAUGGCCAGCCCCUGACGGUCUACCCAUGUCACAUCUGCGGCAAAAAGUUUAAGUCGCGGGGCUUCCUGAAGCGCCACAUGAAGAACCACCCGGAUCACAUGUUUAAGAAGAAGUACCAAUGCACGGACUGCGACUUCACCACCAACAAGAAGGUCAGCUUCCACAACCACCUGGAGGGACACAAGCUGAUCAUCAAGAGCGAGAAGAUACCACAGUACACGGAGUACACGCGGCGGUACCACGAGGCCAGUCCGCUCAGCUCCAACAAACUCAUCCUGCGCGAUAAGGAACCCAAACUGCACAAGUGCAAGUACUGUGAGUACGAGACGGCGGAGCAGGGUCUGCUCAACCGCCACCUGCUGGCCGUGCACAGCAAGAACUUUGCGCACGUGUGUGUGGAGUGUGCCAAGGGCUUCCGUCACCCCUCUGAGCUGAAGAAGCACAUGAGGACCCACACCGGGGAGAAGCCCUUCCACUGCCAGCACUGUGACUUUCGCUGUGCCGACCAGUCCAACCUAAAGACUCACAUCAAGAGCAAACACGGCACGGACCUGCCGUUCAAGUGCGGGCACUGCCCGCAGGCCUUUGCGGACGACAAGGAGCUGCAGAGGCACACAGAGAUCUUCCAGGGUCAUAAAACCCACCAGUGCCCGCACUGCGAACACAAGAGCACCAACUCCAGCGACCUGAAGCGACACAUCAUCUCCGUGCACACAAAGGACUUCCCGCACAAGUGCGAGGUGUGUGAGAAGGGGUUCCACCGGCCCUCGGAACUCAAGAAACACUCAGAGACUCACAAAGGGACCAAGCUGCACCAGUGCAGGCAUUGUGACUUUAAGAUCUCCGACACCUUCACGCUCAGUCGCCACAUCUUGUCCGUGCACACCAAGGACUUGCCCUUUAAAUGCAAGCGCUGCAAACGUGGCUUCAGGCAACAGAACGAACUGAAGAAGCACAUGAAAACGCACAGUGGCCGCAAGGUCUACCAGUGCCAAUACUGCGAAUACAACACUACAGACGCUUCAGGGUUCAAACGACACGUCAUAUCCAUCCACACCAAGGACUACCCACAUCGCUGUGAUUACUGCAAGAAGGGUUUCCGCCGGCCUUCGGAGAAGAACCAGCACAUCAUGCGACAUCACAAAGAAACGUUAAUGUAAUACUCUGGCCCCACUGUGAAGACUUAAGUCCAUGUCACAUCAUAGAAAUUUAGUCAACCAAGGAACUAAUGGCACACUUAGACAGCUUACGAUAACAGCACUCUUUAAUUACCCUCAACCGUGCUGAAGGUCUUAAAGAAACUCUUAAAGAAAAAUAAUACGGAUGUCCUUGGUGUAAGAUGAGUUUAAACCGGUUUGGAUUAAAGAUAGUAUUCACUAUUGUCAUUUUAAUCUUGUCCAUGAUUUGCUGCAAAGAACUAACGCUCAUCGACAUUCAGGGGUUCAAAUGUUUAUAUUUUUAUACCCACUUUGCUGAUAUGCUGCAAGCAGAUAAUGUCCUCACUAUUAGAAGUGGUGCUUAGAGUUUGCAUCAUCAUUGGAGCUAAACUCCUCCAGUGUGGUCAUCUUUCAGUGUCUCUGAGGUGAUUUUUGAAGUGGGCUGAAUUGUUUGCCACCAGUGAGUGUAUUUUUACCGCCUAGUAUGUUCAGCUUUUACCGUGACGUUUUAUUUUUUGAGGCCAAUCUCGAUUGUGUCAUGAAUAUGAGCGGGUCAUCCGUGAUGUCAAAACUUGUGUAAAAAAAAAAACGCACUCACGUACGAAAACAUGAUGGACGUGUGUGCACACGCUAACACGUUCACCUCAGUGUAAACCUGCGAGAAACACGGCAGCGCGUCUCAGAGCCUCUGGCGUGUCCGCAGGGCUUCGUUUCCUUACAGUGUCAAAUUUUAUCCUGAAAUGUGUUGAGCUUUCACUUCAAACUCAAAAGCAGAAGAAAUCAGUGUGUUGGGUAAAACUCAAAACAAUUUAGUUGUAAACUUUGUGAAUGCCACUACAAGAUUUUAUGUGUAUAUAUAAUCAGAUGUAACACCAGUAACUGGCAAACACGCACAUAUUGCCAAUCAUUUGGAUAUCUGCUCUCAGUCAUGCCU